CCUAGAAAAGUGCUCAGAGUUGACUUUUCUCUUCUCUUUUGACUCUUUGAUAUGUUUAAAUGUCCGUUUUUCAGAAUCUUUCAGUUUUUCCUGAGGUCCAGCAGCUGUCAGCGAGUAAAGAGGAGGUUUCCCCUGAGCAGCAGGAGAAGAACUCCAGUUUGAACCGGAGGAACAUUAAAGAUGAACCAGAGGAACUGUGGAGCAGUCAGGAGGGAGAUCAGCUUCAAGGGCCAGAGGAGGUUGAUGUCAAGUUCACUUUUGUUUCUGUUCCUGUGAAGAGUGAAGAAGAUGAAGAGAAACCUCAGACCUCACAGCAUUAUCAAAGGCAGACUGAGCAGAUUGGAACAGGCGCUGAUGGAGAGAACUGUGGUGGAGCAGAUGCAGCCAGGUACUUUGAUCCAGAGAGAGAUGUACAACCAGAGACUGAGAUCAAGACUGAAGACUUGUCUGAUCCUGAGACUGAUGACAGCACUGAUUGGGGGGAGACGAAAGAACACCAGUCAGAUUUAAAGUCAGCGGAGAAAAGCACAAAAAAGAGAGCAAAGACUAAAAAUAAAUUUCAUACCUGCGCAGAGUGUGGUAAAAAAUAUAAAUACAAAUGUCACCUUACGUCUCAUAUGAAAAGUCACACUGGAGAGAAAGCCUUCACUUGCUCUGAAUGUGGUCCAACAUUUCAUCAAAAGAAUCAUCUUAAUUUUCACUUGAGAAUUCACAAAGGAGAGAAACCUUUUGUCUGCUCUGUGUGUGGUCAGAAAUUAACCCAAAAGAGAAGUUUAACUGCUCACAUGAGAAUCCACACCGGAGAGAAACCUUUUGUCUGCUCUCUGUGUGGCAAAAGAUUUGACCGUAAUACAAGUUUGACCAGUCACAUGGUUGUUCAUACCAGAGAAAAAACUUUCAGCUGCUCUGUCUGUGAUAAGAGAUUUACCCAAAAAGGUAGUUUGACUCAUCACUUGAGAAUUCACAAAGGUGAGAAACCAUUUGUCUGCUCUGAGUGUGGCAACAGAUUUUACGAUAGGAUAAGUUUGAACAGGCACAUGGUAUAUCAUUCUGGAGUAAAGCCCUUCAGCUGCACUGUGUGUGGUAAUACAUUUAUCCGAAAAGGAAGUUUAAACGCUCACAUGAGAAUUCACACAGGAGAAAAACCAUAUGCUUGCUCUGAGUGUGGCAAAAGAUUUUCCUAUAAAAUAAUUCUGACCAAACACAUGUUAGUUCACACCAGAGAAAAACUCUUCAGUUGCCCUGUGUGUGGUCAGAGAUUUUCCCGAAAACAACGUGUGUCAGAACAUAUGAAAAUUCACACAGGUGAGAAACCAUUCGUCUGCUCUCAGUGUGGCAUGGCAUUUAGCAUGAAAACAGCUUUGACUGGACACAUGGUAGUUCAUUCCAAAGAGAAACUCUUCAGCUGCCCUGAGUGUGGGAAGAGGAUUAUCUUAUACAGCACCUGA